AUGGAACCGCCGGGAGAAAACGCCUCCGCCGCCGUGACAUUUGAUUUAGCCGAGAAAAUAGUCCUCCGAUGGGACUCAACGAUGUCGGAGAAUGCCCGUGAUGACAUGAUAUUUGAAGGUGAUCGCCACGAGAUUGACCGGUAUCUGCAAGCCGUCGACGAAAUCCAGAAGUCCAUGGAAUCGAUCACCGUGUCGGAAUCUUCCUCUUCCGCCCUCCAGAUCGCCAUGGCACGCCUGGAAGACGAGUUCCGUAACAUCCUCCUCUCCCACACUAAUCCUGUUGAAACGGAGUUUUUGAUUGAUCCAACAAGUUCAUCGAUCCAAUCCGCCGGUACUUCCCGAACCAACAGCAUCGAGUUCAAUUCCAAGUCAAUCGAAGAGGAAUUAAAGGAAGGUAAUAUUGGUAAUAUCGUAAUAGAGGGAAGUGUUGUUAAACUCUUGGAGCAUCAGGAAAGCAGCAGCAGCACCGGUAGCAGUACGUACAAAUCAACCAGCAGCAUCCGCGAGAUAGAUCUCAUCCCAAGCGACGCAAUCUAUGAUCUUAGGUGCAUCGCAGAGCGGAUGAUUGCUGCAGGGUAUCUACGCGAGUGUAUUCAAGUGUAUGGGAGUGUAAGAAAGUCUGCUGUAGACGCCAACUUCAAUAGGCUUGGAAUCGAGAAAUUAAACAUUGGUGAUAUUCAAAGACUCGAGUGGGAGGUUCUAGAGGCGAAGAUCCGCAGGUGGAUUCGCUCAGCCAGAAUCUGCGUUCGUGUACUUUUUGCCAGCGAAAAGAGGCUGUGCGAGCAAAUCUUUGAAGAUUUAGGAACCUCGACUAACGAUGCUUGUUUUAUGGAGACCAUUAAAGGUCCCACGAUACAGUUGUUCAAUUUCGUGGAUGCGAUUAGCAUCAGUCGGCGAUCACCAGAGAAAUUGUUCAAGAUAUUGGAUCUUCAUGAUGCAUUGAUGGAUUUGAUGCCGGAUAUUGAGGUAGUCUUCGAGUCCAAAUCUAGUGAAUCGAUCAGUGUUCAAGCUGUUGAGAUAGUAUCUAGGUUGGCUGAGGCUGCCAGAGGGAUACUGUCAGAAUUUGAGAAUGCAGUGCUCCGGGAGCCGUCGAGAGUGCCAGUCCCGGGAGGGACAAUUCAUCCUUUGACUAGAUAUGUGAUGAAUUAUAUUAGUUUGAUUUCAGAUUAUAAACAGACUUUGAUCGAACUGAUAGUGUCUAAACCAUCGACUGUUUCGAGGUAUUCCAGUGAUCCUCCUAAUAUGCCGGAUAUGGAUUUUUCCGAGGUAGAAAAGCAGGCUCUCCCCUUGGCGCUUCAUUUGAUUUGGAUCAUUAUGAUUUUGCAGUUUAAUUUGGAGGGUAAGUCGAAGCAUUACAAGGAUGCUUCCUUAGCUCACUUGUUUAUGAUGAAUAAUGUUCAUUAUAUUGUCCAGAAGAUUAAAGGGUCUGUUGAGUUGAGGCAAAUGAUUGGGGACGAUUAUUUGAAAAGGUUGACCGGAAAACUCAGGCAAUCCGCGACUAAUUACCAGAGGUCAACGUGGGUGAGGGUAUUGCAUUGUUUGAGGGACGAGGGUCUGCAUACGAGUGGGGGUUUUUCAUCUGGUGUGUCGAAGAGUGCUUUGAGAGAAAGGUUCAAGUCGUUCAAUGCUAUGUUUGAAGAGGUGUUUAGGACUCAAGCCACGUGGUUGGUACCGGAUACUCAACUCCGGGAGGAGCUUCGUAUUUCCAUAAUGGAGAAGCUUAUCCCGGCUUAUAGAUCGUUUCUUGGACGAUUCAGAAGCCAUAUUGAGAGUGGGAGGCACCCUGAAAAUUAUAUCAAGUACUCAGUGGAGGACCUUGAGAACGCAGUCUUGGAUUUCUUUGAAGGACACCCUGUUUCCCAGCAUUUGAGGAGGAGAUCUGAGUGA